AUGUUCCUUUUAGACAAUGUCAUUAGUGUCCAAAACAUUACGAAUACAAUCCCUGCCUACGCACCUCCUGCAUUGUCAUUCUCUGCAAAUACUUGGAAAAAUAUGGUUGAUCCUUCACAUAUUGAUAUGCCAUUUGUGUCUACUUGGAGAAAGGGGAUGGAUUUGUGCAAAGGGUUGACUUUUGCCAAUAAAGAGGAGGUGAAGCACGUAUUAACAAUUUGUGCCCUUAAGGAAAACAAACAUUUUACGAUCAUUAGGUCGACGACGAAAAAACUUUGUGCAAAAUGUGUGCAUGAGUCAUGCAAGUGGUAUGUCUGCGCAGUUAUGAAGCCCGAUCUCCACAAACUAUGGAUGGUCACCGAGUAUGUGAGUCCUCACACGUGUAUACCGACUGGGGUGCGAAAUGAUGGUAGAAUGAUAAGUUGUAAUUUUAUUGCAUCAGACAUCCAUAAGAAGUUAUGUGAGGAUCACACUACCCCAGUUAAGCAUCUCAGAUCCAUGAUAGAGACGAAAUAUAGUGGGCAGAAGUCUUCUUACUACAAGGUAUGGGAUGCGAAACAAAAGGCGAUUGCGAAGAUGUUUGGGAAUUGGGAAGAGUCUUACCAAAGGUUGCAAAAAUUGCUAAUGGCAUAUAUUGAUCAGGACCCGACUACCCAAGUGUUCUAUCGUAUCACAUCCACCGAUGAAGAUGACGCCGUAUUGUUGCAUUAUGUGUUUUGGUCUUUCGGUCCAUGCAUAUCAGGAUUCAAAUACUGCAAGCCGGUUAUCAGUAUUGAUGGGACCCAUCUGUAUGGUAAAUAUCAGGGAAAGUUGUUGGUCGCAAUGGCAACUGACGCUAACAACAAGGUAUUCCCUCUCGCGUUUGCUGUUGUGGAUUGUGAGUCAGGGUCCAGUUGGAGGUGA